AUGAUGAGCUCGUCAAGUGCCCAGCACCGCCGAAACGCUUCGCUUGAUCCAUUUUCAGACCCUGACAUCUACUACGGAAGCGAAGAUGGCAAUGCGCGCAUCAGGGACCGCAAGCGAGCAUUCUCCUCGACUCUGAAAUCCUUCAACCGGGAAGACAUCCAAGAGUUCCUGGGAGGCGGUUUUCCCGCUAGAAGAGCCAGUCACGAUGAGACUCCGGCAAACCCCCGCAAAUUCCUCAUCGAUGUCGAUAAAACACUGCACGACCUUUUGGAGCGGGAAGACACGGAUCGGAACAUGCAAAUCACGAUCGAAGAUCUCGGCCCCAAGGUGUUCUCCGUAGGAACGGCUGCAUCGUCCGGUUACAACAGAUUCGACGUGCGAGGCACAUACAUGCUCUCCAAUCUUCUCCAGGAACUCACAAUCGCCAAGGAUUACGGUCGGAAGACUAUCGUUCUGGACGAAGCUCGUCUGAGCGAGAACCCAGUCUCUCGUCUUUCCCGUCUCAUCAAAAACUCGUUCUGGACUGCUCUGACCCGGCGAAUCGAUGGAUCAAACAUUGCAGAGGCUGGCAAGGACCCCAAGGACUGGACCGAUGAUCCCAGACCUCGGAUCUACAUUCCUGUGGGAGCUCCCGAACAGUACGGAUACUACAAGAAAAUUGCCGAAGACUAUCCUGAGCUCCGCCUCGAUGUUCAGAUGUUGUCGGAUAACAUCACACCCGAGUAUGUCAAGGAUCUCAACGGCAAACCUGGAAUGCUGGCCCUGGCAAUGGACAAGAAGGUCGACGAGGCGACCCAAAAGACAGAAUACACCGGAGUUCCAUUCGUAGUCCCAGGAGGAAGAUUCAACGAGUUGUACAACUGGGAUAGUUAUAUGAUCUCGCUCGGUCUACUUGUCAGCAACAGAGUCGAUUUGGCCAAGGCCAUGGUGAUCAACUUCUGCUUCUGCAUCAAGCACUACGGAAAGAUCCUGAAUGCUAACCGAUCCUACUAUCUGAUGCGCUCUCAGCCGCCAUUCUUGACUGAUAUGGCCCUGCGUGUGUAUGAACGGAUCAAGAACGAGCCUGAUUCUAUGGAGUUCCUCCGAAAUGCCACCCUUGCUGCUAUCAAGGAGUACUACAGCGUCUGGACGGCGGAACCGCGGUUUGACCCAGUAUCAGGCCUUUCGAGAUAUCGUCCGCAAGGUACCGGCGUGCCUCCUGAAACGGAGCCGACCCACUUCUACCAUAUUCUCACUCCCUACGCUGAGAAGCACGGAAUGUCUUUCGACGAAUUCGUCCAGGCCUACAAUCACCGGGAGGUCCUGGAACCAGAACUCGACGAGUAUUUCUUGCAUGAUAGAGCCGUGAGAGAGUCCGGACAUGAUACCAGCUACCGCCUGGAGAGAGUCUGUGCCGACCUCGCCACGGUCGACCUGAACUCCCUGUUGUACAAGUACGAGGUUGAUAUCGCCCGGAUCAUCCGCACCUACUUCAAAGAUAAGCUGGAAAUCCCACCUGAGUUCCGGACGGAGGCUACCAAAGACAUCUCCUUUGAAUCCUCGUCUGUCUGGGAUCGUCGGGCAAGACGUAGAAAGAUGCGGAUGGACACCUAUCUUUGGGAUGAGGAGAAAGGCAUGUUCUUCGAUUAUAACACUAAGAAGCAAGAACGGACGAGCUACGAAAGUGCCACCACCUAUUGGGCGAUGUGGGCAGGUCUCGCGACACCGCAGCAAGCGUCUCGGUUGGUCAAGGCCCUUCACAAAUUCGAAGCGUAUGGUGGCCUGGUGUCCGGAACGGAAGAGUCGCGGGGUGUCAUCGGACUGGAUCGUCCCAAUCGGCAGUGGGAUUACCCCUAUGGCUGGGCUCCUCAGCAGAUGCUUGCUUGGACCGGAUUGAUCCGCUACGGCUACCAAGAGGAAGCCGAACGACUGAGCUAUAAGUGGCUGUACAUGAUCACCAAGGCCUUUGUGGAUUUCAACGGGGUGGUUGUCGAAAAAUACGAUGUUACUCGUCCCAUUGACCCACACCGGGUGGAUGCCGAGUACGGCAACCAAGGCGUGGAUUUCAAGGGAGCUCCCCGUGAAGGGUUUGGCUGGGUCAAUGCCAGUUACGUAUACGGACUGGAAAUCCUCAACGCCCAUCAACGACGUGCUCUCGGAGCCAUCACCCCUUACGAAACGUACAACAAGGCGAUCACCGUGCAAGAUGAUGUGCUGUAAACGCAGCGCGUUCGAAUAGUAUCACUAGCAAUGAUUGUGACUCUGCCUCGUGACGAGACUUUGGAGCUUUCGAUUUCUGACAUUCUUGGUCAAUCUUG